GGUUUCAGACCCUUCCAAAGCGAGAAGAUCCUGGCAGCCGGGAAGGUUCCCUCUGCAAGUGAGAGGCAGCAACCCAAGAGAAAAGGGAAGGAGAUGGAAGAGAAGAAGCCUGAAGGCCCUGGAACUGGCAAGACAUCCAGGAAACGUCCCCAUCCCCUCCAAGCAGGGAGUGGUGCUGAAUUCUGGGAAAGAGCCAUGCCAGAGAACUUGGUUCAAGACCCUGUGACCGCAGAUGUACGCAGCCGACGCUUCCGGCAGUUCUGUUACCAGGAGGCUGAUGGGCCCCGAGAGGUUUGCAGCCGGCUCCAUGGACUUUGUAAGGACUGGCUGGAGCCAGAGAGGCGCACCAAGAAGGAGAUGGUGGACCUGGUGAUCCUGGAGCAGUUCCUGGCCAUCCUGCCGCAGGAAGUGCAGGGCUGGGUGAGAGGAUGCGGGCCAGAGAGCAGUUCCCAGGCAGUGGCCCUGGCCGAAGGUUUCCUCCUGAGUCAGGCAGAGGAGAAGAGGCAGGCACAGCAGAUGUGGGGAGGACCCAUGAAGGUGGAAGCAGAGUUCUCUGAGGCGGAAGGAGCUCCGUCAGAGGAAGGUCAGAGGGCGCAGGCCCAGGAGCGUGCCCAAAACGCCCUGUCAAGUGGCAGUGAAGAGACGUUCUCAAGCUAUUUUCAUUGCAGAGAAAUGGAAACGCCUCCUCAGCCUCUGAUCCAGUCUCCAUUUUCCUUUGAGGAGGUGGCCGUGUAUUUCACCAAGGCCGAGUGGGGCCUCCUGGAUCCAGACCAAAAAGCUCUCCAUGGGGAAGUCAUGCUGGAGAACUAUGGGAGCGUGGCUCUUCUGGCCAGGAAUGGAAGAGACCCUAUGAUGGAGACAGACAAAGGUCUUGCAUCUGAAGAGUGGCUGAAGUGUUUUUCCGAAAGAUCUGAAGACACUGUUUCCUUUCCAAAUGAACUGGCUGCAACAGGGGAUGAUCAGAGGAAUGAGGAAGAUGAGGAACUGCUUCAUCUAUCACCAGAUGAAGUCAAGGAUGAAGAUGAGAGAAGAAACAUCAAGAUUCAAGGCAGGCCAAAGCGGCAGAAAAUCAGCCGCAAAAUGAAGAAGAAGGAUAUAUCUGUUUCUUGCCAAGGGAGGGAUUUGCAAGAAGCAAUUCACAUGUUGGAAAAAACAUACAAGUGCUGGGAGUGUGGAAUGAACUUCUCAGAUCAAACCCAACAUACUGUCCAUUUGGGGAUGCACAGUGGAAAAAAGGCCCAUCAGUGCCUGAAGUGUGGAAAGGCUGUGACCCGCAGAGCAGAGUUCCUUAGGCAUCUAAGGACACAUACAGGAGAGAAACCUUAUAGCUGCUCAGAGUGUAGCAAGAGUUUCUCAGGGGAAUCAGACCUUGUUCAACACCAAAGAAUUCAUUCAGGAGAGAAGCCCUUUAUCUGUUCGGAGAGUGGAAUGAUCUUGUAUGGGAGAAAGAGUAAUAUAUAUUCUUCAAAGUACAGUAUAAUGAAGGCAUGUAAAUGCUACCGGUGUGGGAGGUACUUCAGAUACAGAUCACAACUCCUUGUACAACAAAGAACCCACACAGGGGAGAAACAUUUUGCAUGCUCAGAGUGUGAAAAGAAAUUCAGUCAGAGUAGCAUUCUUCAAAAACAUCUAAGAACACACACAGGGGAGAAGGCUUUUGGAUGCAUGGAUUGUGGAAAGAGAUUCAGUCAGAAUUGCGCUCUUCAAAGUCACCUAAUGACCCACAUAGGGCCGAAACCUUUGGAAUGCUCAGAGUGUGGGAAGAGAUUCAGCCGCAGUGGCAAUUUUCAAAGUCAUCUAAGAACCCACACAAGUGAGAAACUUUUUGAAUGUUCAGAGUGUGGAAAGAAAUUCAGUUGGAGAUUCCUUCUUAAACAGCAUCAAAGAACCCACACAGGGGAGACGCCUUUUGAAUGUUUAGAGUGUGGGAAAAGAUUCAACCGAACUGGCAAUCUUCAAAGGCAUUUAAAAACCCACACAGGGGAGAAGCCUUUUGAAUGCUCCAAGUGUAGGAAGAGAUUCAGUGAGAAAAGCACUCUUCAAAAUCAUCUAAGAACCCACACAGGAGACAAACCUUUUGAAUGCUCAGAAUGUGGGAAGAAAUUCUGUGAAAGAAGCCAUCUUCAGCAGCAUCAAAGAACCCACACAGGAGAAAAGCGUUUUAAAUGUUCAGAGUGUGGGAAGAGAUUCAGUCGAAGUGCCCAUCUUCAGGGUCAUUUAAGAACACACACAGGGGAGAAGCCUUUUGAAUGCUCAGAGUGUGGGAAGAGAUUCAGUCGAAGUGCCCAUCUUCAAAAUCAUUUAAGAACCCACACAGGGGAGAAGCCUUUUGAAUGCUCAGAGUGUGGGAAGAGAUUCAGUCAGAGUGGCAGUCUUCAAGCUCAUGUUCGAACCCACACAGGGGAGAAACCUUUUGAUUGCUCAGACUGUGGGAAGAGAUUCAGUCAGAAUGGCCAUCUUCAAAGUCAUCUCAGAACCCACACAGGGGAGAAGCCUUUUGAAUGCUCCGAGUGUGGGAAGAGAUUCAGUAGGAGUGGAAUUCUUCAACAGCAUCAAAGAACCCACACAAGAGAGAAGACUUUUUGAUGCUCAGAAUGUGGGAAGAGAUUCAGGAGCAGUGGCCAUCCUUAAUAGCAUCAAGGAAUCCAUCAAGGAGAACAAAAAACCUUCUGGAUAGAAAGCUAUUCAGUCAGUGUAGUUGUCUUCAAAAAAAA